UGAAACGGCAUUUUUGUGACGCAACGACGACGUUUCGUGAUGGAAGGCAUUAUUGUUGAUUUUCUUCUCUACCGAGAAGCUAAAAAAGCUCUGAACAAACCCCCCAUAAACCCUAAUCUUCGCGGAAAUGCAGUUUUUUGCAAGAUCAGUAUCGAAAUCGAUAAGACCUUUGUUGAAUUCCAGGGCUAGACAAUCAUGGGUUUUGUCUCAGAAAUGUCAUUCAACCUUUUCUGCGACGGAAAGUAGUGGCCUUACUCGCGGAGGAAGCGGAGCUGAGAAAUCGGAGUCCCUGACUCCGAUGAAGUCGUCGGAAUGGGCGAGGCCGACGGAGAUACCUUACCAACCCAAAAUCGCGAAUUCAGUUGAUUUGAUUGGAUACGUGAGCCAACCCGUUCAGUUCCACGCUAAGCUCGACGGAAGUUUCUGGGCAGGCACCGUCAUUACGCACGGACCUCCGUCUGCUUCCGAAUCGGCGUUGGAGCCGGAUUCAACUCAUAAAUUCUGGAUUCCGGUGAUAUUUGAAGGGGAUUUGGCUCAUACUGCUAACUGUCAUUUGAAGAAAAACGAUCGGGUUUAUAUCACCGGACAUCUCUUUGUAGAUGUCAGUGAAAUAUCUGGAGCAAAACCUGAUCUAGCAUAUGUUCAGGUAAUGGUUCGUGAUCUCAACUACAUUCAUGGUUCUAAAUCCCUACCACAAGUUCUGUCAGCAUCGGAACAAAAAGAAACUGUGCUAAAGCAUUCAGCAAGUCUUGAGAAAAGAAGAGAUUUUGGAAAUGAUCAUUGGUUUGAUAUUCUUGAACAAAAAGAAACUGUGCUAAAGCAUUCAGCAAGUCUUGAGAAAAGAAGAGAUUUUGGAAAUGAUCAUUGGUCUGAUCUUCUUGAUAAACCGGAUGAAUGGUUUGAUUACCGCGAAAGCAAACAGAGUUGCUCGGUACAUCCAAGACAUCCUGAUUUCAAGAAGAAAGAUGGGACUGUUGCGCUUUGGCUUAACAAGGCUCCUAAUGAGAUAUUGUCUAAUCUUAAAGACGUGAAGUUCGCAACUCCCGUUACAUCAAAAUACGCAAAACAACCAAAGGCUGGAGAGGAAUCAUGGAAGGAUUUGUUGGAAAACAUUGAUACUAAGUGGUGGGACAACAGAUUGAACAAGAGGAAUGAAAAAGCUCCGGAUUUUAAGCACAAAGAAACGGGUGUAGCUCUCUGGCUUAGUGAUUCUCCAAUGUGGGUGAUAGAAAACUUACCUCCUCCAAAGAGCAAAACUAGUGACAGCCAGUGAUAAGAAGAAGAGAAUCAAGAGAUGUUUAACUCUAGUUUUUUGUUAGAUCCAUUUUGAUGAAAAUAUCCUGUUAGGCUUGGUGGUGUUAUUUUGGCAAUCUGAUUCUGAGUAAUAUAAAAUCUCAAAUGUUCUUGUAACAGUUUUAUAAAAUUUCGACACCAAGUAAUUUUCCUAUAUACAUCAGUUCA